ACUGGGAGGCAUACGUAUAUUUGCUUUCAUGAUGAUAGUAUUGCAUGUUUUAAUAGUUUUGUUUCUGGUGUCUAAUAUAACAUCAGCAACCUUGAGUUGUUCAGGUGUGCUCUGGGUGACUGUGGGUCUGUUAGCGACAUUAACUCCUAUGUUAAUAGUAGAGUUUGAACUGGAUCCUUUAUUGCCUUUUAAUCCUGAAGAUUUAAAAACAGAUUUAAGAGACUCUCUCUUUGGGCAGCACAUUGCGUCUGAUGUUGUACUAAAAGCUGUAAGAUCAUUCAUGGCUGACAGCAAACCAAACAAACCGCUGGUCCUCUCUUUCCAUGGGACUGCAGGAGUUGGGAAAAAUCAUGUUGCUAAAAUCAUUGCAAGAAACAUUUAUAAAAAAGGGGACCAGAGCAAGCAUGUUCACACAUUUAUAUCUGAACAUCAUUUCCCACACAAAGAGCAUUCACACAUCUACAGUUCACAGCUAAAGCAGUGGAUUCAUGGAAAUGUAUCAAGUUUUCCCCGCUCUAUGUUCAUAUUUGAUGAAAUGGACAAGAUGAAUCCUCAGCUGAUCGACGUCAUUAAACCUUUUCUAGACUACAAUACCCGUGUAGAUGGAGUGUCAUUCCACAAUGCAAUCUUCAUUUUUCUCAGUAAUGCAGGUGGGCGUUUGAUUGUUGACAUGGCUCUAGAUUUCUGGAGAGAAGGCAAAAAACGGGAAGAUCUAUGGAUUAACAGCAAAGAACUGGAGACUAAAAUCUUCAAUGAUAAGAACAGUGGGUUUCAGCACUCCAGUCUAAUAGAUCAUUAUCUGAUUGAUCACUUUAUUCCUUUCCUACCUCUGGAGCUGAAGCAUGUGCGCAAGUGUGUCCUGGCUGAGAUUGUCCAUCUAAAAAUACCCCGAUUUCAUGAUCUGGUAUAUAGUGUGGUCAGAGGCAUGCCUUACUUCCCUGAAGAAGAGAGAGUCUUUGCUGUUAAAGGAUGCAAGUCUGUCAGACAGAAGUUGGUGCUGUAUGAUGAUGAAUAGAUGAAAGACUUUCGCAGAACUUCUUGUUCACUUUUUUUAAUACUGCUGAUGUUUCUUUAAUGCAUAUAGUUGAACAGCAAUGAGGUAUCAACUUUUCACCACAGUUUUUGCUUACGAUUAAUAUUAAGAUUGAUGUGGUUUGGAAUUGGUAAAAUGUGUUAGGAAAAAAAAAUAUGAUCAGAAUAUCAACUUGCUUAAUAAUUAUGGACACACUUGUACAGUAAACUCAUGAAGAGAUGAAUCACAAAAUGAACACAAGUGAAUAUACACAACAUGCAAAACAGUUCAUACACAAUAAUGUGAACUCAAAAACAUGUUAAUAUAAUUUAAGAGCUCAUAAAGUUCAAUAUUAUCACAGUUCAUUGUAAGAACUAAGAAGCACAUUGUGUAACUCAAUGUAAAGAAUUUCUGUAUGGUUACAAUGAGUUAAAUUUGAAUAUAGCCUACACUGUAAAAAAUGACCGUGAUUUUAACAGUAAAAGACUGUAAAAAUGCUGCGGUGAAAAACUGUCAAUUGGUUUACAGAAAGUUUCUGUACUAUAUAC